GGGCUCGACCCUCCUCAUCCCCUCCACUCUGUGGAAGCACAUUGUUCAACGCGGGCUCGUUUUUUACCCAGAACCAAUGAAAGCCUCCGUGCACUGUAGCUGUUGAAAAAACACUUUAUCGGAUAUACUAAAAGGUGUAGAUAUCCGAAGACGGUGGAAAGCGGACCCCCUCCCCCCAAAACGCACAUCCUGUGUCCUUCUGAUUACAGCGCAGAGGCAACAGAGUUGGACGAUUUUUUUCCUUCUUCUUCUUCUCCGGCAGACGAAACGUUCCUCUGGCAGCUAAUUAGACCUCUGCUUGUUCAGUGGUGUUGGUGCGUUGAGCAGCAGCGGCAAAGAUGACGGAGUAUAAGCUGGUGGUGGUGGGGGCUGGAGGCGUGGGCAAGAGUGCACUCACCAUCCAGCUCAUCCAGAACCACUUUGUGGAUGAAUAUGACCCGACCAUAGAGGACUCGUACAGGAAGCAGGUGGUGAUUGACGGGGAGACCUGCCUGCUGGACAUCCUGGACACUGCCGGUCAGGAGGAGUACAGCGCCAUGAGGGAUCAGUACAUGCGGACAGGGGAGGGUUUCCUCUGCGUCUUCGCCAUCAACAACACCAAGUCAUUUCAGGACAUUCACCAGUACAGAGAACAGAUCAAACGCGUGAAAGACUCUGACGAUGUUCCCAUGGUGCUCGUGGGAAACAAAUGCGACCUCCCGGCACGCACGGUGGACACGAGGCAAGCCCAGGAACUCGCCCGGUCUUAUGGCAUCCCUUACAUCGAGACCUCUGCCAAAACCCGACAGGGAGUAGAGGACGCCUUCUACACACUGGUCAGAGAGAUCAGACAGCAUAAGCUGAGGAAGCUGAACCCACCCGAUGAGAGCGGUCAGGACUGUAUGAGCUGUCGAUGUGUGGUCUCGUGAUGCAGCGGACUGUUGCAUGUUGAGGAGAAAUGCUACUGCGCGUAGUGGCAGCAUGGACUUACUGAUAGAAAGUUAAAACAAUGCAAUGAUGAAAUAUAAACUUUUUCAAAAAAGAGGAGGAUUGCAGCAAAAGCUCUCAAGGGAACCACCAGACCCGACUGAACCGUGGCCCUUCAUGGAAAGGAGGAUUUGGACCGUUGCCUUUUAUGGCUAUCUAAGCGGGUCCGGUCCCUCCUUUAUUCCACAUGUCGCCCUGAGAGCGACGCCACUAAUGACUCUUUGUCCACUCCGGCGUGGUCUCCCUGGAUGGUUCCACAAGUUUCCUGCUAACUUAUUUGUUUUCAGUCUCAACACUGGUCUUAAAGGGGGUGUCUCUGACCUCCUUCCACCUUGAAAGCCUAACCCCCCCACCCCCUCCAUUCCCCGCUGCCGCCUGCCCACUGGAAGGACCGACUGACUACAAUAGAAAGGACUAGAACAUGGAUGCCCCUCCCCUUGUCCCCCCAUCGCCCUCCACCUGCCUAUUGGGUUCCCCCCCUAAUGGCUGCGUGGAGCAUAUCGGUUGUGCCGAUUGUGCUGGAUAUGGGUUGGAGGCUGACAUGGAAAUGACUAUACUUUGUUGUUUGACCGGUUGUACAAAGGCCUAGAGUUUGUUUUUUUGGGAUAUGACAAGUUUUGUUUGUGAUCGCAGAAACUGAAAGCCACAGAGCAAUAUGUGAGUGAGGGGACUGGGCGUGACACGUAGUUGGAAUUUCUUAAUAUAAAGAUGGAUGAAUUCCCAGAAUGCAGCUGCCUUCUUUUCUUUCAAAUGUUUUCUUUGCUACAGCAAACAUUGUCUUUCUGUAAUAGUAAUCACUAAUGUACGUAAGUUCUGGUGCAAUAGGAUUAUUUACUGUGGAUACUUUGGUUCGGGUGGGUUUAUAUCUGUUGAGGGUUGCAUGUGGAAAUAGGAGAAACCCCCUGCACAGUCACACAACGACCGCUUACAGUUUUACACGAAAUGACAACCAGGAGACUUUUCUUGCAUUUCAGUUGCUGUCCAACUCGUAUUUACUACAUGGUGAUAACGGCUAUUUUUAGAUGGCAAGAAUCCGUCCUAGUGGAUGACAAGGCUCAGGAAUCCAGAGUGCAAGAAAGCGUCACCAUUCAACCGUCCUGGAAACCCGAGUUCACAAUGUCACCAAAUAGAGUUUUAACGCACACGGUCCUGCCUCAGACUUACACUUAUGCAGUUUUUUUCCCCCCUCGGACUGUUCUAUCCUCAAACCACUCCUCCUUUCUCUGCCUCCUCAGUUCUGCGAUGGAACAAUAGUAGUUCAGGUGCUACUCAUGUCAGAAUCAUAUUUACUGUAAGUGCGGGACUAUUGCGUGUAAUAGGUGAUGGAUAUUGGGUUGUGGGAGUGCGUCGCUCUGUUAAAUUCAUACUAUUGUGCUCCCGAGAACUGCAUUAAUUUGCCGCCUACGUGGGAAAAGACUGCUCUGGGUUUACUUAUAAAUGGACCUUUACAUCUUAGCUGGUUUGUACCUCGUGUCUGCAGCGAGAUCUACCUGAGACGAAUGUGUUCUGCUGGCUGCAUUGUUCUGUUUGUUUGAUUACGUGUGAAAAAAAAAGAAGAAAAUAUUGAAGUGGGUUAGGGUUUAGCGCGUUAUGCGCUGUAUAGAAUUUUAAAGGAAAGGCAAGUCCCUUAAAACACUACACUGAUUUUAGAGUGGGGGGUCUGUAAUAGCAUGUGCGUUUGAAUGUGAGUCUGUGACUGAAAGCCAACCCAGUUAAUAGCCCAGUAUAUGCCAAGUUGUCUUGCUCAAAACAUUGGAACAUGUGUUACUUUUAAGUCACGGUUAUACGUCACGUAUGAUUAUGUUUAGAGUUCCAGGCACUACAAGCAGGUUUUUAGCGACAGACCACAGAGAAAUCCCACGCUUCCUCCACAAAAGACGUAACCUGUUAUUUUGCCUUCGUCUCCUGUCGCCGAAACAAAACAAAAGUUUUUCUCACCUAAACGAUUUUGUACAGUUAAAGUUCCCUCAUAACAUGGCUUAAAGAAAUAUGGUCAGUCUUGUUAGUGUGGAUGUUGUAGAGUAUUUUCAGUGUGUUCAUGUCUCUGCUGGGAGGAAGGAUAUGAACUGUGAAUGUGUGUUUAGGUGUGUUUGAAAGAAGCCUGUUUGAUUAACUUACAAUAGCAUAAUAAUGCAGGAGUGGAUCCUUGGUCACACUUUUGGCUGUGUUGUUUCUAACCUUUUAUUUUUCACCCAUUGUGCUCAUAUAUUAAAAAAAAAAGGGUGUGGCGUUUGUAACAUGUAAUUACAGUCAUAAUAGUAUGCUUGUCAUCUCCCUGUCAAUCAUAAAGAAAAAACGUUCAUUCACGAUAACACAUAGAUUUCCAUAAAUCUUUGUAUUCAAAUCCCUGUUUCAUUAGCCGUCUUCAUCAUAUUGCAACAGGCAUUCUCCAGCCAGCAGACAAUGCGUGCACCAGUCAGAAGACCUAGAGAGCAUGACGGAGACCGCACGGACCGGAGGGACCUUUGCACAAGGACAAAGUGGCUCAAGGGCUUUGUUUCGUCCUCGCAAACUGUCGUUGGAGGUGUGGAAGGAAUAACAACUGUUUUAGCUAUUUAAGAUGUAUUUACUCUUUGAAAAUGUGGCAAAUGUAUUGCGGCGACAGGAAUAAAGAUGUCAAGAGGAAA